AUGCUAGAAGUAUUGCUACCGCGUAAGUUCUUCCUUUCUUACAAAAGCGUUGGUUUCAAGAACAUCACAACCAUCGAAGAUUUGCGUGUGAUGUUCCCGGAUUUGGAUUGUCUUGAUUUCUCUCGUAAGAGUCUCGAUGGAACUGUGCUUGCAGUUCGUCGGCAACACUUUCUUCCAAUCGAAGCCAAAGUGCGAUCUUCUAUAUGUUCUGGAACAUAUGUGAUAAGACGAGCUCAGAAAAUUUCAGCCGUCGUUAUGUUGGGCGAGCCAGUCGGAUGGGAGUCGGCUCUUCAGUUGUUGAUAGACGUUUUGCUCACCAGUGGAAAAAUGGUCAACUUCACACGUGGGUUAGCUAACUAUCCAGCUCAGAUUCCAGUUAUAGCCUGCAAUGCGGAUUUAGUCUGGAUGGCUGAAAGAUCUGAGUUGCCUCGGAUUGGACAUGGAAUUUUCAUUCAUUGCUUAGAGACCCUGUACGAAAAGCUGACAGGAAGGCGAAUGCACUAUGAAGCAGUACUGGGGAAACCGACAGAGAUUAGUUACUUGCAUGCGGCUCACGUAGCUCAGCGUCAUGCUAAUGAGAUGAAGAUGGAUGCUAUCAAGACACUUUAUAUCAUUGGUGAUAACCCUAUGUCUGACGUGCUAGGCGCAAAAUUGUUCGAUCGUUACCUUCGACAUGGUGGUCGUGGGCGAUUUGACCAUGUGGAUCUCGACCUUCUGGAUCAGGAGGAAAAUGAUGCCCCCACUAUUCGAACCAGGCACGUAGUCGACAGAUGCAUGUCGAUACUAGUGGAGACUGGGGUCUAUAAAGGUGAGAGCCGUCAGGAUCCAUCAUGA